CUUGUCAAUAGCGCUUUUCAACUCUACGACCCAUCGUCUGUACUCUCUCUCUCUCUGGAGCCGGGCUCAAGACGUUAUCAACGACCGCUGUAUCCAAUGACGAUCGAGUAGACUAGUGGUAGCCUCUGUCGACCGUUCCCAGGAUGGAUAUCGACUCUCCGCCCGCUGCUUUCCCAGACCCUCCAGCUUCCCAUCACACUCACCUUAACCUCCCAUCCUUCUCAGCCUCCUUCCCACUACCUUUUCGCGUCUUGUUCCUCGUAGGUCUAGCCCAGCUACUAUGGGCUUCAAAUCUACAUAUCCUCUACCUCUUGGGUCUGGAUACCUCGUGGAUCCUAGACUUUCGCGAUACAGUAGCAGUCGAAGAUGUCCCUUUGCACGCGCUUUCGGCAGAGGAUGUAGGAGAUGAACCUCCACAGCGGGAGAGUCCCAUCAGCCGACCAGAAAGCAAGACUCUGCACCGAUCAUUGUACAAGCUAUUCGCGAUCUAUACGGCUUGGGUCGGGUCUGGCUGGCUCAUUUUCCGAAGCGUUACCGGUGCAGAUCAGCAGGCAAUGGAGAACUUUCGGUGGUUCGUUGGCCUUGUCGCCAUCGGGGCCAUACUGGGAGCUUUUGCCCCGUGGGACGGCAUAGGCAUAAGAGACCGAGCUGCGCUCAAACGAGCUGUCAGGCGGAUUUUCUUGCCAUCACUCGCUGCGCCCAUCUUCUUCUCCGAUGUUAUCCUCGCGGAUAUUUUCACUUCUUUUGCGAAAGUUCUUGGUGACUUGUGGAUCUCUUCCUGUCAAAUAUUGCAAGGAGGCAUCACACGCGGCAGAGUGGCUCAGACUGGAUUCUCACGUUAUUUCACCCUUGUGAUGGUGUGUCUCCCUUACAUUCUACGAUUCAGACAAUGUGUCCUCGAAUCCUACCAAUCUGGAUGGACUUCCACCCGUCCCCUCUUCAAUGCUCUCAAGUACUUUUCCGCCUUCCCCGUCAUCAUCCUUUCGGCAGCACAAAAGAGCGUCGCAGUGGACGUUGCAGCUUCCAAAGGCUUGACCGUUCAACAAUUGGCUGAAAUGGAUGAGAGGUGGUUCGGAGAACAUCGUCUGUUUCGACUUUGGCUUCUGGCCGUUGUCGUCAACUCAAUGUACUCUUUCUGGUGGGACGUGCAGAUGGAUUGGGGAUUAGCUCUAUGCGAUGUGGACACUUGGAUCCCGAAGAAGGAUUCGAGGACGUCUGGUCGGCCUGACCUAUCCCUCCUUGGUCGUAUCCGACGGCUGUUCUCACGCGGAGGUCCCAGCAUCUCUGAGCAUCAACGAUCUCCAUAUCCCACUCCAUCGCCAAGCUUCACUCAACUCCCACAACCUGGCCUGCCUACAAGCCCUGUGACGUUAUCUUCCAGCUCGUCGAGCUCCAAAUUGGCAUUCUUUGCCUUUGGUCUCAGACCGACAUUGCUUCUCCCUGACCCAUUAGUCUACCACCUCUUUGCCCUCAUCGACCUCGUGCUUCGAUUCACCUGGUCUCUCAAGCUAUCCUCUCAUCUGCACACCAUUUCAGAGAUCGAAAGCGGUGUCUUCAUGAUGGAGGCCCUGGAAUUGAUCAGGAGGUGGAUGUGGGUCUUCAUCAGGAUGGAAUGGGAGGCAGUCAAGAUGACCGAAGCCAGAAGGGCGAAGGAUUCCAAUGGAGCGGUCCUCUGGGAACAGAAAGACGGACCAUAGGGGUUUGGGAGUGGCCAUUUGAACGACGACAAAUUGAUGACGACUUAUAGACUUCAUACAACAUU